AUGGGCAAGACCAAGACCCCGAAAGGCCGCUGCUUGAAGUGCGGAACAAAGACAACUCAGUCCUGCUUCAUCUGCGGCCAUGGAUUCUUCUGCAGUGAGAAGUGCGUCUCUACUUCAACAACAUUGCACCAACAGAUCCACCACCAGGGUCUGCCUUCAAACACCGCUCACGACCUGAAGGAGGCAGUCUUUUACCACGAGUUGCUCGUACCAGCCAGCGAAGCUCAUCGCGACUACCGCUUCUGCGAUAUUGAUGACGAAACUCAGAGACUGCAGUUGUAUGUCGUCUAUGAGCAGGUCUUCCGAGCUGCUGGCUGGUGCAGCCACCUUGUCGACAAAUGGCGGAAGGAAAAGGUGCUUGGAGACAAGGCCUGCGGACACUACGAGCGAUCGCUUGAUAUUCUUUCACGCGACUGGGCCUGCGCAAGCCGUAGGUUUCUCAACGGCGAGGACGUUGAGUACACCAAGGUGACGGAGCCGGUGGUGUCCAGCGACCAGGACGAGGAUGAUUCUGACGACCAGGAGGAGGAUGAUUCUGACGACAACGAUGAGUCUGAGGAUGAGAAGAUGGAUAACUCCGACAAGGAGAUGGAUAUCUCCGUUGAUGACAACGCCAACUAG